GACAGAGCGAGAUCGACUAUUUUAAAAACGUUGGACAAGGAGGAUGAGUUCUUCAAUGCCAUCGACUACACCUCGGAGAGCCCAAGGAAGAUGACGAAUGUUGGCCAUGCCAGAAAGAGGUCGCAUAGGUGGCCGCUCCUCCGCGUUUUUGCCAAAAAGAAGAACUGGAACAACACGAAGGGACUCAAAAUCCGUGGAAUCAAGUUCAGGCCGAUAACGAG